CAUCAAUUGAGGUUAUUUUUUGAUGAUGUUGGAUUUUUGUUGCAAAAUAAAUAAACAACAAUAUGUUGUGCCCCUGACUUAUUGAUUUCUAAAUUCGUAAACUAUAAAGAUGUCGGCGGUUUCGGUAAAGGAGUUUGGCAGAGUGUGGUGGUCGGAGGUGUACAAUAGGAUUAUUGGAGCUGUAGUUUUCUUGGAUGAUCCUAGUGCUGAGUGUCUUCACUUUGACGGUGGACUUUUCAACCUGCUUAACGGAGGCGCUGUAGCUGUGAAAAGUUUGUCGCCGUUUGAGUUUUCCAGGAAGGACCACAAGAAAGCGGUGUUCAUAACACAAACAACGGCAACACAAUUGCGGACGAUACAUGAGAUUAUACGUAACAGUGACUUUACACACUGCAUACUAAUAUCGUGUGUCAGUUUUGAUGUGGUGUACUUGGAACUGAACGAGGGGAAGGAUGUCAGCGAUGUGAUCGCAGCCGGCAGAGGGCCUGCUGAGGCCACCAAGCAGCUAGAGGCAAUGUUGAUGGAAUGGAUUGGGAAAAAGCAAUGUGCAGUAGAAGCAGUACACAUACCAAUCUUCACAAUAGCCCCAACAAGUGUGGUGUUUCUCACACCUCCAUACCAACAUGUAUACCCAACGUUUGAUGGAAAGCUCAUCCCGGAUACGACUUCCUUAGACUUGUACACAUUGACCAGUGAAGAGAGGUCUCAAGUGCGGAGAUUGGCCAGUGGACUCAACUCUCUGAUGGAGUCAAUGAACUUGAAGGAAGACAUCUAUUAUAUGGGGGCUUACAGUUCUCUAGUAACUGGGGUUUUGGAAAAUUCACCAGUUUGUUUGGCAAGGAGAAAGAACUGCACUCAACCAGCGUCUCUAAUAAUAGUGGACCGUACAUUGGACCUAUGUGGGGUGACUAGCCACGGCAUGGAGUCCGUAUUGGACCGUGUGAUGUGCGUGCUGCCGCGGUUCCCGGGACAUUCCAACAACGUCGCCGUCGACAUGUCACCACUAUGCGAGGCUAAUGUUAUCUCCCACCCAGAUGACAUGCAACUCAGUCCCGGCUGCUUAUUUCAUGCAAACGACGAGUCCUGCACGCAGACCUUCGACCAUAUGGUCAAUAAGUCGCAGAAGGAGGUCAUGUUCGACUUGUACAACAAGCUGUCCAAGAUAGACGUACAGAAGUCGCCCAGUCCUAAGACUUUGUUGAAGGUGACGCCGCAAAGCGUUGAGAAGAUCGUUUCGGCGUCCAAAGGAAACUAUGAAGUAAUCAGCAAACAUCUAGGCAUAUUACAACAAGCGUUGGGCGUAGUUCAAACGCUGAAAUCUCCGAAGCGCGCACAGUUGGAUCUCCUCACUAGCUUAGAGAACCAAGUACAACAAAGCUUGGCUGCCAGCCGGGACUCUACCAGCGUACUUAUGCAAAUCAGCCAGCUAAUAAAGACCCGUAAAGACAGAAACUUACCUCUAGAGAACCUUCUCGCACUGAUAGUGCAUGUGUACUCUUUAACUGGUACUGAGGUGUCGUUCCCGGCGGCGCACGAAGUAACCCUCACGGAGACACUGAGUGUAGCCUUGUUCGAGGAACACAGGAAUCUUCUAGAAGGUCGCGUGCUCUCGCCCGAGCAGUGCGACCAACUUGCUAACAACCUCGUGGCGCGGGCCAAAGACGUCUCUAGCAUGAGGAGGAUAUUGCUUAAAUACAACUCGGUACUGAAGCCGAGCGAGUCGACGGUAGGGCACGAGUACAGAGGGGUGCUGCAACAGUUGGUGGAGGACCUGGUCGACACAGAGCGACCCGAGAUGCCGGACCUGCGACAUCGCAACGAGGGCCUCAAGGACCUACUGCGGAGCGGGCUCAACAUACUAACGAGCAAGAAAACCCGUGGCACGAAGCAUCCUCUAGACAACUCGACGGUGAUUAUCUUCGUGGUCGGCGGCGUGACGGCGGAGGAAUGCAAGCGGCUGCAUCGCAGUGUAAUCACUAGCGGGGUGGACAACACUGUGCUGAUAGGGUCCACCAAGUUUGUCACUCCCGUGGAGGCUAUGAGGGAUGCGCUGGCUUUAUAGCGGCGGAGGUACACGAAUAUUAGGGCGAAGUCAGGUAAAAUGCGUUGAACACCGUGUCGUUACUUUAUAUGCGCUAUUCCUCUUAUAUGCGUCGAUUCUCUUAUAUGUGCCGUUCCUCUUAUAUGCGCCGUUACUCUUAUAUGCGCCGUUACUCUUAU